CACGUUCAGUUUGUGAUGCUGCUCUGUAAGACUUUCAGCAUAAAUUUCCACAAAACACGAGAUUCUGCAUCAAGGGUUGAGAAAAAUUCGAGCAUAUCGACUGCCAUAUACACAGCGUGUCCAAGGACAUAUUGCCUGCCGUCAUGGACAACAAUGGCUCCGUAAUAGCGCUAACGGUACAAGAUAAUAAUGCAUCACACGUUGACAACGUCACCAACGAUAACUGUACGUCAAGCGUUAAUUACGCUGCCACCGCCUUUUAUAUGGACACCGUCGUUGUCGGCACACUAUGUGUAAUAGGUUACGUCGGGAACGUCCUGUCUUUCGUGGUGUUUUGGCCGGAACGCAAAAAAUGCACUUCGUUCUAUCUUCUCCUUGCUCUGGCCGUGGCAGACAUCCUUUACCUUACCCAUUGUCUUCUAUUCCAAUCCUUCCGCUCUAUCUACGACUACACAGGCCUGUUUAAGGAAUACAAGGACGCUUGGCCGUACAUGGAGCCGUGGGAGUACCCGUUUGGGAUGAUGGCGCAGACGUUGGGACUUUGGUUUGUGGUUCUGGUGGCAGUGGAUCGAUACAUAGGCGUCUGUUGGCCCUUUAAAGCCGUUUCGUGGUGCACGAAUACGCGGACGUGUGUAAUGAUCGUCGUCACAGCCAUUGGUGCAGUUUUGGUCAACCUGCCAUGGUUCUGGAGGCAGAGGACGGUUGAGCAGUUUGACCCAUGUACAAGGGAAAUGGAACCGGUUCUCGUCCAUUACGGUAUCGGAGAGACACAGCUGGGCCGCACUCUCCAUACUGGGACCCAGAUUGCCCUGGCCUUCCUGCUCCCUUUGGCAGCGCUGUUCUUCUUCAACCUGCGCCUUAUCGUGUCCCUGAGGCAGGGCUCAAAGCGAAGGGACCAGCUCCAGAAAGGAUUUGGGUCGGACGCCGCGGCUUCUGCCGAAGACACCCAAAUCACGAUCAUGCUAGUCGCGGUUCUGGUGGUGUAUAUCGUGUGCGAGCUGCCGGUUUUUACAAAUCACGUUUUGUACGCCACUGUCGGAUAUCUCGGCGUAAGUCACUCGCACUUUAACGUCGCGUGCAACAUGUUGGCCACUUUAAACUGUUCCUGUAAUUUCUUCAUUUACUGCGUGUUCAGGGCAAGCUUCCGGAGGCGGAUACAGCACAUGUGCUGUGCUUCUCAAUAUGGCGACUCUUGUCCAAGUUGUGAAACUGAACCGUCCAAUUUGUGA